CAGCCUUCUAGGAUCGGUGGCUGCUGAAUGAAGGACCGCGAGGAUCCUGAGCGUGGAAGAGUGUCCAGGUGGGAUGUCAGAAGGCUGACAGUAUUGUUCCUCUUGAUACUGCUGGCUGCAGCCAGGUAAUCCCAACGCACACUCCAAGGCUCUGACCAAGUCCCAAGGAGAAAAACCAUCAUUUUCUGAAAGAAAACACAACAAGUUGCAGCCAGUGGCCUGUUACACACCACAUCAUGAAGACCGAUGACCACAAGGCCACCCAGGAGGAACCCAUGUCCUGCAGCCGUGGGACWGCUACAGUGGAAGACAGUUGUAAGCUGAUUGAGGCUAUUCACAAGGAAGAUGUGGAUGAAAUCCAGCAACUGCUGCACAGAGGGGCUGAUGUCAACUUCCAGGAAGAAGUAGGGGGUUGGACACCUUUGCAUAAUGCAGUCCAAUGUGGCAGGAAGGACAUUGUGGAACUUCUGCUCCGUCACGGUGCUGACCCUCACCAGAGGAAGAGGAACGGGGCCACUCCCUUCAUCAUCGCUGGGAUCAUGGGACACGUGGAGCUGCUGCAGCUUUUCCUUUCCGAAGGGGCCGAUGUCAAUGAGUGUGACUCCAAUGGCUUCACAGCUCUCAUGGAAGCUGCUGGGCGGGGUAGGAUCGAAGCUCUGAGGUUUCUUUAUGAGAGCGGAGCCAAGGUGAAUCUGCAUCGAAACUCUAAAGAGGAACAAAAGCGGCUUAGGAAAGGAGGGGCCACGGCUCUCAUGGACGCGGCUGAAAAUGGCCAUACAGAUGUCCUGAGGAUUCUCCUGGAUGAGAUGGGGGCGGACGUCAACGCCAGGGACAAUAUGGGCAGGAAUGCCUUGAUGCACGCUCUCCUGUCACGCUCUCCUGAUAGCAGUGUGGAGGMUAUCACCCGCCUUCUGCUGGAUCACGGGGCUGAUGUCAAYGUGAGAGGAGAAAGAGGCAAGACGCCCCUGAUCCUAGCAGUGGAAAAGAAGCAUGUUGGUUUGGUACAGAUGCUUCUGGAACAAAAGUGCAUAGAGAUCGACGACACGGACAGCGAGGGCAAGACAGCCCUGCUGGCUGCUGUGGAACUCAGACAGACGCGGAUGGCCGAGCUGCUGUGCCACAAGGGGGCCAGCACGGACUGCGGGCCUCUCGUGAGGACAGCGAAACUGAAUUACGACCACUCCCUGGUGAMGCUCCUUCUCUCCUACGGAGCUAGAGUCUGUUUCCAGCCUCCCUCUGAAGACUGGRAGCCCCAGAGUUCACGUUGGGGGUCAGCCCUGAAAAAACUGCACAGAAUGUACCGCCCGAUGAUUGGCAAACUCAAGAUAUUUAUGGAUGAAGARUAUAAAGUUGCUGAGACUUCUGAAGGGGGCAUCUACCUGGGUUUCUACGAGGAGAAAGAGGUGGCUGUGAAGCUAUUCCCCGAAGACAGUGCACGUGCAGAAAAGGAAGUCUCCUGUCUGCAGAGCUGCCGAGAGAACAGUAACCUGGUGACACUCUAUGGGAGMGAGAGCCACAAGGGCUGUUUGUAUGUGUGCGUGGCCCUCUGUGAACGGACUCUGGAAGAGCACUUGGAUAUGCACAGAGGGAAAGCUGUGGAGAACGAGGAAGAUGAGUUUGCUCGAAAUGUCCUGUUAUCUAUAUUUAAGGCUGUUCAUGAGCUGCACUCGUUGCAUGAAUACACUCAUCAGGAUCUGCAGCCAAGAAACAUCUUAAUAGAUUCCAAGAAGGCUGUUCGCUUGGCAGAUUUUGAUCAGAGCCUCAAGUGGACUGGAGACCCACAGGAAAUCAGGAGAGACCUGGAGGGAGAGACUCCUUUUGAGAAGCUAAAGGCUCAAGGCAAUGCAAAGGUGAUUGAACUUUCUCCAGAUGAGGAAAUUAAGGACCUCAUUGAUCACCUGUUCUGUCCUUUGGAACCUGUGAAGGACCAUCUGGGUGACCUUCUGGAUCAUCCUUUCUUUUGGAGUUGGGAAAAACGCUAUAGGGCACUUCGGGAUGUGGGAAAUGAAAAUGACAUCAAGCGUAGAAAAACGAAGAGUGAGAUCCUCACACGACUAACACCUGGGUCAUCUGACCCUCCCAGAAGUUUUAACCGGUGGACAUCUAAGAUUGACAAAGAUGUUAUGAAAGACAUGAAUAAGUUCUAUGAAAAAAAAGGGGAUUUCUACAGGGACACUGUGGGUGAUCUGUUAAAGUUCAUCCGGAAUAUGGGAGAACACAUUCACGAGGAAAAAAACAAAUGGAUGAAGGAGAAAAUUGGAGAUCCUUCCUGUUAUUUUCAGAAGACAUUUCCAGAUCUGGUCAUCUACGUCUAUAGGAAGUUACAGAACACGGAAUACAGAAAACAUUUCCCCCAAACCCACAACCCAACCAAGCCUCUAUAACAGAGGUGGCCAGGGAGGGAGGCUGGCCAGCCCUGAAUACUGAGUCUUUCAAGUUCAAAGAGCCACUUACUAGCUAUGKAAUUGGCAAUCUCAACUCUCGGAGCCUCUUAGCUACACCGUUGCUUGUGAGGGAUGAGUUGGACAGCAGUGUGUCAGUUUCCAGCACACGCAUUCCACACUUUGGUCACAAAGGCAAUGUAUGUUCAGACUUCCCUGGUCCCUGAUAGUGGGCAAGGCUUAUUGGCAGGGACUGGGAGAGCAUCCUGCUAAGUUUUCUCUUGUCAUUUGCAACAAAGGAGGGAAUGCCAAGACCUCUCAGGCCACGUGUUUUACAAUGAUUAUCUCAUUUAAUUCUCUCAAUGACCUACAUGAUAAUAAACAGAACUUAUUAUCCCCAUGGAAGAACCUGAGGCUCAGAGAGUUUGAGCUACUUGCCUGAGAUCAUAUAAUCUGCACAGAGCAAGGUAUAAACGGAAGUUACUGUGAUUGUUCUUUCUUACUUAGGUACUUUAAAAACUUAAUUAGCGGCCCAGGGCUUUUUUGGAUGAGACCCAAAAGGAAUAUGCCAAAAGAGUUCCAGGAAGCUCAUUCAUGCAUUAAUAUUUGUAAGUCUACACACUAGUUGUAUGAAUUCCAUUCCUAUAAGCACUUGCACUGAUUUUUCAUGACCUUAAGAGAGUAGGUCUCAACUAGGGGCAAUUUUGCUCCUCAAGGGGCAWUUGUCUGUGUCUGAAGAAGUCUUUGGUGUCACAGCUCUGGGAAAGAAUGACAAUAUUGGUGUUUGUAGGUAGGGGCCAGGGGUUCUGCCAAAUACUCUUUGGUGCACAAGACAACCCCCAACAUACAACACCCAGAUCAGAACAUCAGCGGUGCCAAGACAGAUAAAUCCUGUCUUAAGGGACUCAGACGCUUUUGAACUGGCUGGAGGCCCAGGACUGUGGAGCGUGUGGAYGACCCCAGAGAGGAGUGACCCAGAUUUAUUUUCUUGCUGCUGCAUCUGUAAUGGAGCACUUCCUUCUGCCAUCGGCCACUCAGGAAGUUCCCCAUCCACCCUCACUUCCCUGCUCCACUCCGGGUGCUCAAUACAUGCUUCUCUCCACCCUGUAGUUUGAUUUCCCCACUGGGAUUGAAGCCCCUUAAAGCUAAUGAUUAUCUGUUUUGGAAUUUGUAUCUUCACUGCUUAGCCAAAUGUUUGUCCCGCCAUAAUGCUC